AUGUUCGCAGUUCCAGGCUGGUCAGUGUCCUCCGAGGCGCUCAAGCCCGAAAAGCCGGCGGCCGCAGCCGGUGGCGCCUCUGGGGCCAAGUCCAGGAAGCGGAAGAGGACGACCAAGGAGGAGCCGGUGACGGCCGCCAACGUCGCUGAUCUGUGGGAGACGGUCGUCGAGGGGAAGAAGCCCAGCAAUGACAAAGCUGUUCAGGAGUCAAAAAGGCAGAAGAAAGGAUCCGACGACAAGGCCAAGGGUGACGGCGAGAAGACGGGCGACGGCGACUCCAACAAGCAACCGAAAAACGAGGGCGACAGUGAAAUCGCAGCAGCCGACUCAUCCAAGACCAAGACCAAGUCAAAGGCCAAGUCCAAGUCCACAUCAGACGCAGUGACCAAAUCCGAGCUUGCAACGGUUCUGCCCCCGGCACCGCCCAAGCUGACGCCUCUACAAGCCUCGAUGAGGGAGAAGCUGAUUUCGGCGCGAUUCCGACACCUCAACGAGACCCUCUACACGCGGCCCUCUGAGGAGGCCUUCAAGCUGUUCCAAGAAUCGCCCGAGAUGUUUGACGAGUAUCACGAGGGCUUCCGGCGCCAGGUCAAGGUGUGGCCUGAAAACCCCGUCGACAGCUUCCUGCGCGACAUCCGCACACGAGCCAAGAUCAGGACGCCCGGCAAGGGUAGGCCCAAUGCGCCGCAGCUUCAGCUCAGCGCCACCUGUCUGCCCAGGACGGCCGGCACAUGCACCAUUGCCGACCUGGGGUGCGGCGACGCCCGGCUGGCCGAGUCGCUGCAGGCGGACAAGGCCAAGCUCCAUCUCGACGUCCGGAGCUUCGACCUCCAGAGCCCCAGCCCGCUCGUGACCAAGGCCGACAUUGCCAACAUCCCGAUGGAGGACGGCUCCGUCAACGUGGCCAUCUUCUGCCUCGCCCUCAUGGGCACCAACUGGCUCGACUUCGUCGACGAGGCCUACCGCCUGCUGCACUGGAAGGGCGAGCUCUGGGUCGCCGAGAUCAAGAGCCGCUUCGGCCCCGUCCGCAACAAGCACGCGCCCGUGGCGCACAGCGUCGGCAACCGGCGCAAGCCCUCCAAGAAGGAGCUCCAGGCCAAGGAGGCCGAGGCUGCCGGCCGCUUCGACAAGGAUCUCGCCGUCGAGGUGGACGGCCAGGACGACCAGCGCCGCGAGACGGACGUGUCGGCCUUUGUCGAGGCGCUGCGCAAGCGCGGCUUCGUCCUGCACGGCGACCGCCAAGAGGCCGUCGAUCUGUCAAACAGGAUGUUUGUCAAGAUGCGCUUCAUCAAGGGCGCCGCGCCCACAAAGGGCAAGAAUGUCCGGCCGGAUGAUGCCGGCCCCAAGAAGAAGAAGAUGUUUGGUCGCGCGCAAGACGAAGAUGCGGAUGAGCUGGACGACGCAACCGAGGGUGCCAUUCUCAAGCCCUGUGUUUACAAGAUUCGAUGA